AUGAACACAACAGCUGAUGGAAUACCUAUGGAAGACCCUCCACUAUUGACUGAUAUUACUCUACACGAAGAUGAUCUGACUCAAGAAGCUAUGACUCAUUUCAGCUAUCACACUGAGAUUUUGCAUGCAUUUGAAACGUAUCGACGCAACAUACUUGAAAAUGCCCAUCUAACACGUAUUGGCCGACAUCUGCUUUUUUCUGUUAUCGAUAACUUGCACACAAAUUGUAAAAAAGUCCUCAACUAUGCGGCAGAAAACGUUGAACUUCUGUCUGGUACUUUCCCGAUCGUUGGUCCCUUGACCAUCUUUGGUUUACCACGCUCUGGUACGACUUUUCUUUACAAUUUGCUUGCUUGUGAUCCUAAUUGUCGCGCACCGUUGCUCACUGAGAUGAGUGUCGAGUGCGUUCCACCCAUCGCAAGAUCAGAUUCGGUCAAACAGGAGCGCCGACUGGUUGCAACAAAAUUGGCUAGACAACGUAGGGAAAAGAUAACAGGUCGAUCAGAUGAAAUGGUUGCAGCACAUCCAAUUCAUGCGGUCGAAGAAGAUUAUUUAAUCUUACGUCACACAGGCAUAUACAUUUUUUUGUCGCAGCUAAUGUUCGAUUGUCAGUCGGACACAGACGAUUGGCUCAACGACCUUAUGAGUAAGGACUUUGCCUAUGACUAUCAUGAGACAUUUUUGCAUAUGUUAGACAUUUCUUCAUGCUCAUGGUUAUAG